CCAUCAUUUGUCAGCUGAAGCCAUUUUGUCAGCCAAAGCUAUUUAUCAGCCAAACCCAUUUGUCAGGAAUGGAUAAUCAUAAGGCUCAGUUGAUUGCGUAGUGACAUGGGGUUUAAUUAAGCAAUGACGCUGGUCGUUGCUCCUAAGGUCCUUAAGAGGACAGUGUGUCUGUCCCAGAGAGACAGACAAUCAUCAUAUCUUGCAUCAAACUCAAUCACUGAAGAGUUGAGUCUCCCAUCUCCAUUCACUCACUAUCCCUGCAUACCAAGCCCACGCCCACACCAGUCCAGCAACAUGUCUCUCAAGCCGAUCACUCUCUGGGGCCACGACAGCGGCCCCAAUCCCUGGAAGGUGGCCAUGGUCCUCGAGGAGCUUAACGUCCCUUAUACGCACAAGAUGGUCGAGUUCCCGGACAUGAAGAAGGAACCGUACGUGUCGAUCAACCCCAACGGCCGUGUGCCUGCAAUUGAGGACCCGAAUACGGGCAUCACGCUGUGGGAGUCAGGCGCCAUCAUCGAAUACCUGGUCGAAACCUAUGACAAGCAACACAACAUCAGCUUCGCCCCAGGCUCGAAAGAGUACUUCGAAGAGAAGCAGUGGCUGUACUUCCAGGUGUCCGGCCAGGGCCCGUACUUCGGGCAGUCCGUGUGGUUCACCCGCUACCACCCCGAGAAGCUCCCCAGCGCUGUCGACCGAUACGUCAAUGAGAUCAGUCGCGUCUCCGGCGUCCUCGACCACGCCCUGCAGGGCAAGGAGUUCCUCGUCGGCGGCAGGUUCAGCUAUGCCGAUGCGGCGUUCGUGACGUGGUAUUCCAUUCUGCCCCUUUUCCCCGACAGGUUCAACCUCGAGGCAGACUUCCCAAACCUCAACGCUUGGUUGGAGCGCAUCAAGGCCCGUCCGGCCAUUGCAAAGAUCCUACAGGACCGGGAUGCGGCUAUCAAGAAGGACAAGUAAAAGCCUGUUGGGAGUCAAGGAAUUUGUCUGGCAAGAUCCAUUCUGCUGCUAGGUCUGAGAUAGAGUAUCAAUAGAGUGUCAACGAAAUAAAUUACUUUGUAAAA